UUAAUAACAUUACGACCAGCUAUUGCAGCAGCACCAGUUGCAAUACCGAGAUUUACGAAAUCAAAGAAUAGUCGUCUAUAUCUCGAGUGCGGAUAAAGAUAAGCACAAGCCUGAAUUUUACGGCCAGACUUGAUACCAACAACAAAAAUAUAAACAACGCUUCGAUAAGUAUAAUAAUAAACAACGCAAAAAUAUAAAGAACGCCAAUUGACAUACUCGAUAACCUCAUCGAUCAUGCUGAAACAACUCAACAUUUUUCGAUCGAUACAGAAAAUGACGUUACAACACAUCGACCAUCGUUAAUACAGAUACAAUUUGUUUAUGUUAAUCAACCAUCGAUCAUCAUAUUGAUUGAAACCCAACAUCUACCACCGGAAUCAUCUCCUCUAUUUAUUAAAUUCGUCAUUUGUGUUCUCUUAUACUCACACCGACUAAUUCUUUAUACGCAUGGGGAGAUCCAAUUCGUGAAUUACAAAAUUUUUUACAAUUUAAUUUAUUCAAUCUCACGAAUCCACCAAUUAAACACGAUAUACAAUCAGAGUUCAAAGAUUGGUUCAAUGACAGGUAUCCAUCUGCACCUGAACGCAAAGAUGAACCAAAUGAUCAAUAUUCACUACAACAUGCAAUUAAACUCGUCUUUAAUCAAUGGUUAUACAAGGAGCUCACGUUGAGUAAUUGGGGAUGUGGUAUUGAUGAACAUUUGGCAACAUGUAUACCUCAAGCAUUAGUUGGGAUGGAUCGUGUUCGAUGUUUAGCUGGUGAACGAGAAAUACGUCAAUUACAAACACAAUAUGCAAUAAAUGAUUGUUUAUCAUUAACAAAAUUAAUGUUCCCCGUCCUAUAUGAUUGGACACCAGAACAAGUGGAAAAUUACGAAAAAUCAUUGCAAUCAUUAAAAUUAGCCUCAUUAAAAUUAGAAUUACAAUAUGAAGAUAUUUCAGAUGAUGAAGACAUGGGAUUGAUACCGGUUCAUGUACAAGAUGAACCGCUCUUUCAUUCUCCAGUACCAGUCGAAGUGCGUGAUGAGUUAGUAGUCCAUGUACAAGAUGGACUAAACGAACCGUCGCCAUUACAAUACGAAUCUAUUUCUGAUGAUGAAGAAGAUCAAAAUAUCGUUCCACAACAUAACCCUUCGUCAAUGCAUAAUCGCCUAGUAACACCUCAAAGAACUGUUCGAAUAGAAAAACGUCGUUCUCCAGACAGUCACAAACAAUAUAAUCAGCUACAAAACCGUCGACGUCGAGCCCGCAGAUAUGAACGUAUACUUCGAUCCAUGAACAUUCAUUACGUUAAUUUUAAUGUAGUUGGACACAUACUAUUCAUUGGCAUGAAAGAUGAACAUAGUCGAGCGCAAUUGGAACAAAUGUUGCAUGAUAAUAUGUUUACCGAAUCACACUACUAUCGUUUAUAUCCGCAAUAA